GAGGGACGCAGCGAAGAGGCGCGCGCUGCGCGGGGCCCGGCAGCAGCUGCAGCUCGUUGGCCCCCUUCGCCGCUCAUUGGCCGGCGCCGCCAGCCAGCUGGAUGUGAGCCUGGGGCGCGUCAAAUAAGCCGCACUUUCCCCCUUGCCCACCUGCACGGCACCAGCGCACGUCGGGGGCCCCCUUCGCCCCGUCCACCCCUCGGUCACCGCUUUCCCCUCCCCGGCUGCUCGCACCAGGCACCUGCCCCACCUUAUCCCACGCCAGGCUCGCCUGGGCAGCCGCCGCUCCUCCUCGGCGCCGUCGUCGUCCUCUCGGCGCCCCUCUGAGGGAGCAAAGAAGGAAGGAAAGAGGGGAAGAAGAGAGCGAGCGAGCGAGAAAAGGCGAGGCAGCCACCUAGGACCAGCACGCGAGCCCCCCUUCCCCCGCCUCCCCGGCUUUCCUCGCGCCCUUCCUUGCACCCACCAUGAGCAACCUGCCCAAGGAGAACGAGCACAGCAGCAACAACCUCGAGGAAGAGGUACGGACACUUUUUGUCAGUGGCCUUCCUGUGGAUAUCAAGCCCAGAGAGCUUUACCUGCUUUUCCGGCCAUUCAAGGGUUAUGAAGGAUCGCUGAUCAAACUAACAUCAAAACAGCCGGUAGGCUUUGUUACCUUCGACAGCCGGUCUGGUGCGGAAGCUGCGAAGAAUGCUUUGAAUGGCAUCCGCUUUGACCCAGAGAAUCCUCAGACGUUGCGGUUAGAGUUUGCUAAAGCCAACACCAAGAUGGCAAAAAGCAAGCUGAUGGCCACACCAAAUCCCACCAACCUCCACCCUGCCCUAGGAGCGCACUUCAUCGCACGGGACCCUUAUGACCUGACUGGAGCGGCCCUGAUCCCAGCAUCUCCAGAGGCCUGGGCUCCCUAUCCACUCUACACCACGGAGUUAACCCCUGCAAUCCCACAUGCUGCUUUCACAUAUCCUGCUGCCGCCGCUGCUGCUGCCGCCCUUCAUGCUCAGAUGCGUUGGUAUCCUCCCUCUGAAGCUACCCAACAAGGAUGGAAGUCUCGUCAGUUCUGUUAGUUUUAAGCCGCCUCUUGGCCCACAUGUCCUCUUCUUGUCUCUCCAUGGAGUGAUGUGCCAGGGAUGAAGUAGUCUAUGGAUCGCUGGAAAUUUCCCUCCAAACCCUUCCUGUGGACACCGGCAAGGUGCCCAACUGCAGUAACACGCCCUCCUUGUGAACGAAACUGUGGGCUUCCCUGUCCAAGACUGUGAACGUAAACUGCCCGUCCUCCUCCUCCUCCUCCUCCUCCUCCUCCUCCUCCUCUUCCUCCCCACCUCAGUGGACUUGCAUGGUUUGUUUUCUCUCCUUUUGCCUGCCUGCCUGCAUCCCACCUGCUCCGCUAACUCCCAGCAACCUCCCAUUGCUGAGUUUCUCCUCCUGCUACGCUGAGGCCUAGUUGGAGAGGCUCAAUCUUGGUGAUAGAGUCGUUUUUUCGUUUUUUCGUUUGUUUGUUCCCAGCUGGGAUGCUGGCAUUAAAUGUGGUCGAGCUGUGUACAGUGCAAUAUCCAGGCCUUUCUUAUCCUAAACAUUGUUUAUGCAGUUCCACUGCAGGAAGCAAAAGACAAUCUGUUUUGCAUGUUUUCUGGCAUGAAUUUAAAACACUUUAACUUGGUGGGUGUGUGCGUGUGUGAGUGUGCAAAGCUUGUUUUUGUUCUAGCAUUUGUGUAACCAUAGCGACAGGUCUUGGCCUAGCUAUUGAUCACUGAAGUUUUUCAUCUUGCUUCCGUGAAGACUUGGCUUCUAAAAUACACUAUCCUAGUUUUGCCCUUGUCCCUUUUACUUCCCUUUUCUGUUUUCUUUUCUCCCCCUUUCAGGCUCUCCUUUCCAUUUUCUGCUUUGACUAGAAUUUGAAAAAAAGAAAAGAAAAGUUUUUCUCAAAAGUACAAUGCACUGGGGUUUCUUGUCCAUUUUGCCCUUCUCCAGUUCAAGUCAGGGUUGUUUUUGUGUUUUGUUUUUCUGUCAGACUUCUAUAUAUAGAACAGCUGUAAAAUAUUUAACCUUUUUUUCCACAUCCCUCUGAUUGGAGAGAAUCCAGUCCUGCCAAAUAAUCAGCCAUCCUUAUGGGAAAACCGAACAAAGAUGUACGAGUAUUUUUGUACCAUGUGUAAUAAGGAAAUAUUUAUGCAUCAUAAAGAUUUUGUGUGGUUUUUGUGCAAUUAAUUAUUAUUAAAGAGAAACUGUAAUCUGUAAGAUAAGUUUAAUGUUUAGUUAAAAGCUUGAAGAGAGAAAAAAAGACUUUUUUCUGUAACUGAUUCAGUCAGGCAUAGUAACAAGAAAUUGUGCAAUUUUUUUGUUGUUGACGUUUUAUUGCUUGGUAUUUGGGAGUGCUUUAAGUAUUAUAUUGGACCAUGGCUGUCUCGCUUGUAUUAAGAUUCUUGAGAAUAAGUUGCUAUAUCCUAUGAGAAUGUGAAACUGGAUAAUAUAUGAAUUGUACUCAG